AACGCGUCGUGAACAGCCACCAGCAACCAGCAUCAAUCCCACCAUCCGAGCCCAGGAACCGAAUGCGCCUCGCAUAAGUCGCUUCGAAGACAACAGACGCGUCGAGAGCUUCCAUCUGUAAGUGCCAGCUUGAUAUACAACCUACGACCACGAGUACUACGCAAUCGAGCCUGGGCACUCCCUUGCGACUCGCUCUUACUCUCGAAUCAAUCCACCAUUCACUUCAACCAUCUCCCCCACGGAUAUAAAGCUUUACAGAGCUACAUAUAAGUGCUGCAGAAGGGUACCUCGAGUCUGACAUUCCACUUUACCCCAGGUUCCCCCACCCGGUCAGCGUUCUUCGAACGCAACAAGCCGAAAGAAUGGUUCUCUUCAAGCGGAAACCCGUUCAAUAUAUGCCCCCGCCGGUGGUUGAGAGUGAUGAUGCCGAGGUGUGGAUGAUUAAGGAAACAAGAGAGAUUUUUACGGAUUAUGAGCAAUAUCUGGCAAGAAUCGACUUUUACAAACAGCGUCGAUUUAUAUGUCAGAUUACCGGUCACUCUGGGCUGAACUUUUUCGAGGCGUUGAAGAGUGAACUCGCAGGUGCACAGGAAGUCGAAGAGGCUUUCCCAGAGGCCCUCAAGGACCCAAUUCUACGACGAGUUCAAUUCCAAACCAUUUCUCGAAUCGAUACUCUUGUCGACCUCAUUUUCGACGAGUUUCGCUCCGAUUACUACCCUGGCGAGGCUGUGACUGUACAUGUGGUGACGGGCGAACGACUCACAGGAAUUGUCAGAGACAAGACACGCUUUGGCCCGAAACAACUCCCGGAUGGCACUGUAAAUCCGCCAUUCUCCAGAUAUUUUGUUAGUCUUGAUAAUCGGCCGACGGAGGAGGCUGUGGUGGACGAUGCCCAUAUUACUCGAGAUCGCAAGAUCUUCACCAAGCAAGUUUUGCGAUCUUUCAUUAAGAAAACAGUCACUCGAGAAGCCUGGACUGGCGCGCCUUGGUUGGUCAAGCCCGAGGUUGCAGCAGUCUACCAUAUCGACACACGGGUCCCACCACAUCUGCGUUAUGAGAGCAAAGCUGCCGAACGAAAGCAAAAGCAAGCCCAACAAAAACAUGCUCCAGAUUACGAGGGUAUGGUUGGAAGCUUCCAAGGAAACGGACCUCGACUUCCACAGCUGAAACCUGCCCCAAAAAGCCAUAAGAGCAAGCAGCAGCAAGGUCAGGCGUUGGCUAAGAGUAAGCAGCAAACGUUCUUGAAUUAUGCUCCAAUUCCAAAUCCUCAGAUUCCUCCCCCAUAUUAUCAUCCUCAACCUCCCUACGUAUCUCACACAUUCCAAGCUGUCGGCCCACCACAUCCGGGUCCUCAUCAACACCAAUUCCACAAUCAGGCAUUCACAUUUCAACAACUUGCGUCAUUACCACCUGCUCCUCCGCCACCACCACCAAUCAAAUACCCAAUUGAGGAUUUGCAAGUCAUCCUCCGACACAAUCCUCCCAUCAAGCCGGCACUCAAGUAUUUCUCUCAAGAUACUCCUCUGGAUGAUGGAACGACCAAGGGCGAAGGAAACGGUAUUCUCAUGAAGUCGGUGGGACCACUACUUGAGACUUGGGAUACUUUGAACGUCUACUGUGAAGUCUUCAAGCUGGAUUCUUUUACUUUCGAUGAUUUCGUCGAGGCCAUGCAAUUUACUUCCGAGGAUGUUGACUGCGAGUUGUUCGUAGAGGUUCACUGUGCAGCUUUGAAAAUUCUUGUCAGUUCAGAAGCCGACGGCGGAAAAGUUCAUGUACAGCUUCCGGAUAUGGAUGAAGAUAGUGAAGAUGAGGAAUCCGAUGAGGAAGCCAGUGCACCCCCGACUCCAACCCCAGAACCAGAGCCAAAGCCCAGAGGCCGAGCUACCAGGAGCAGUUUGGCAAAGGCAGAGGCGGAGGCAUUAAAAGCAGAGCCAGAACCAGUGAAGGAACCGAGUCCUGAGCCAAAGUUCACCCACCGAGCCGCUGAGAUGCAGCUAGAGGUUGGCUGGAUGGAUCGUCUCAGAAAGCGUGACUUUAAGAACGGUGGAUGGCAAUUUAUUAUGGUAGGCCUCUUGCAUCAACUUUCGAAGAGCCCGCGCCACUUUGAGACUUGCGAGACACUGUUGAAGGAACUUGCGCCCCUCAACAUGGACCCCACACCAGAAACGACACGGCUACAGUACGCCAAACUCGACGUCAACCUUCGAAUCCAGGCUCUCCAGAUUGUUUGCAUGCUUACUGCGGAAACAAAGGCCAUUCGAGCAUACAUGGAAGAGUGUGCUGAGGAGAUGACUGGCUAUCGUAAGGAGAAGAUCAAUCACCAGAGAAGGAAGAAGGAAUUGGUUGAGGAGCUUCGGUUGCUCAACGAGGAACGAAAGAUUCUUCUUCCAGCUAACAUGCCGCCAUCCCCGGUUCCAGAGAAUGCUCAGGUCAACGGUGAUGUCAGCAUGCAGGAUGCUGCACCCGUUGAAGAGGUUCAGGACUCGGUUGAUGAGGAUGUCAUGGAUACUGAUGAUGAUCCUAAAUCCGGCCGCUCUCUACGUCGUGGUCUCGACCGAGCGGCGGACAGAAAACGCAAGCGGGAAGCUGAGCAAGAAAAGAAAGAGAAGGCCGAGGCUGAGGCCAAGAUUCCGAAACAAUCGAAACAGUUCACGAAGCUCUUGAAAGAUAUCCAAAAGAAAGAGGAUCUGAUCAAGGAACAAGAAGAAGAAAUUGCCAUUCUGGAUAACGAUCUUCGGGAGAACAAUUGCCCGAGAACACUUGUUCUUGGCAAGGACAGAUUCUGGAAUCGUUACUACUGGUUUGAGCGAAACGGUAUGCCGUACAUGGGUAUGCCAGACAGCUCAACUGCCGAUGCUGAAUAUGCCAAUGGCCGUCUCUGGGUUCAAGGCCCAGAUGAUAUUGAAAGAGAGGGAUUCAUCGAUAUGAUCCCAGAGUGGCAAAAUGAGUACAAAGCGAAGUUCAACAUGACGGUUCCGGAGCGAAAGAAGCUCGAGGAUGGCUCAAGCACUGUCUACAAUGCUCACCAAUGGGGCUAUUAUGACGAACCCGAGGAAAUCGAUGCAUUGAUCAAAUGGUUAGACGUUCGUGGAAAGAAUGAGAUGAAAUUCAGCAAGGAGAUCAAGAAUUAUCGGGAUAGGAUCGUCGAGCAUAUGGUCAAGCGAAAGGAAUAUCUAAGCCCAUCCGAGGAGAAAGCCGUCGAUACGGGACCCAAGCGCAUGUCAACGCGCAAGAAGGAUCAGCAAGUCGACCACACUGCUCACAGGUGCUUGACCUGGCACAACGGAACUGCAAUCAGCUCGCUGGGCCACCUGCACUCUGAGCAGCCUCGCGCCCGGAAGCCUGCGAAGAAAGCCGCACCACCUCCACCCGUCGUGGAGGAAGAGCGCCAGACCAGGAGUGAGGCCAAGACCAAGAAGGAAAAGGGCACAGGUCGUCAAGGCACACGCUACAAUUUCUAGAUUGAACAUUUAUGUUUUUUUAUACCAUUGGGAGGAGUUUAUUUAGAACAUUCAGACUGGGCCGGCUCAUUCAGCAUGGAGUAUGGAUAGGUAGGCGCUACAUUGUCUUGGUCCGAAAAAAGAAAAUGGAUGAUGGGAUGCAUGGGAUUGCAGUUAUGGUCAAAUGGCGCGGGUUCUGGUCUGGCUUCCAUUGGUUGAUAUUCUAGCCUGGAUGGAUGGAAUGUUAGGUGGAUGGAAUGAUGAAACUAUUGCAUGUGCAUAUCACAGUUAAUACUGUUUAGCGUAGAGCAAAGAUAAAUAGAUGUUUGAUAUAUCCCCUUCUCUUCCGCCGAUUACUGACCUACUAUAAUCAUGUCGGAUGACAGAACAAAAGCUUCAUAUCAAAACACGAAAUGUACCGCUAACCCUCGUAAGAGACUGCAUUCAAAGCUUAAUCAGCCCUAGAUGAUCCCUAGCACCCUAGGAGAGUGUCUUUGUAUUCUCAAGUCGUUUUCGAAAGCUGCGCCAUUGAGAUAUUGAGAACUCCAAUGCUCAAACAUAACCACUCUCGACAAUCAAGUGGACUUGACCAAGCGCAGCGCACAGCGCACAGCGCCAGAAUUUGGCGAGAACAAGAGUAAGAACGACAACAGUACCAAAAGAAGAAUAACAUAAUCACAGUACUGCUCUAUGUCCACUUUCCCAGGAAACAGCGGAUCUACAAGCCCAGGGCACCCAAUGCCAAAACACCCAACGGGAACCCAACUCCCAUUCCCUCCGCCCUACCCGACAGCGAGUUCCCCAUCCCAUUCGUGCUUGGACACUGGGUCUGAGUAGGGCAAGGCGGACAUGUUGCGGUCCCGGUCGGGGUCGAAGACGCGAACAGCUGCGCACGAGAAUUCGUCGCGGAUGCAGGAUCCGCAGUUGGGCGAUCAAUCAAGUUUGUGUCUGGGCCGCACAGUUGUGUAGGCACCGAGUAGACGUAGCUGAAAUCGAUAUCGGUGCUGUUGAAGCAGUUCGAUGCGGUGACUUCGGCAACAUCCUCCAGUUCGGAGAAUAUGAUGUCGACGCACUGUCUUGGCUGUUAGCAUAUUGGAAACCAGUGAAUGAGUCAGAGACACGUACAUUGUACAAAGCACCACCAUGUUUCAACGUCUCAAUGACUUGGAUUGUCGCAAGAUCUCCAACCUUCACACUCACAUUCUCAGGUAGUGGGACUUGUGGCAAGCAGAAUGUCCCGGGGUACGGAUUAUCCGACGGUCCUCGGAUUUGGAAGACUGGAGUCAUGGGGAAUGACAUGUUUGGUGGUCCGCCGCCUGGGCCAUCAGUUCCAAGUCCAAGAUUGAUAUAUAUCAAGGAAUUCUUGUGGCCUCGAAACCAUCCUGGCUGGAUUGCAAUUGCGCCGCCUGUUAUGGGCCAGUUCGUACGGUUGUCUGUUGGUGGGAUGCCACCGCCUGGAAAGCUUAGCCUUGAGUGGGAAACUCAGAUUCAAAAUAUUGAACUUCUCUUUUGCAAACCUGAACAGAUGGAAAUGCAGAAAUGCACACUUACAAGGAUAACUCCACUGCAUCCCAAACGGAAACUCAUCGUUCGUUUGAAGAUUAUCUCCUCUCCAUCCUGGGUACGUGAUCACCGUAUGCGCUUUUGCAACCCCCGCUACAGCUGCCACCAGAAGGAAACGCCAUGUCUGAGGCACUCCAAACAUCGUGAAAAUUUAGCGAGAGAAAAGUGUGUUGGAGUUUGAACUUCCAACCGGGACCAAAACUUUUGGGAAAGUCCGGAUUUUCGGAACAUAAAUGGGAGAGAAUGGUGCCUGGAAAAUGCAUGCCCACAUGACUAUGGAAUUAUAAGCUUCAUUUCGUUCCUGCAUGGGAGCGGCGUAGGUACUUGGCUGUGUGGUUGGCGGGCUCGGCUAACCCCCUGGAUUAGUAGUGGAAGUGAGAGUGAGACCUUGCCAGUGACUCAAUUGAUUGUUGCCGAAUAAAAGCAAUAUUGAAGUGAAUACGAUAUUGACGUAGUGAAAGAAGCUUAGGAUUAGAAUAUGCAAGUAAAUUACGAUUUCUUGACACAUAAAAGCGCUGCGAGAUCAGGCUUCGUCAGCUCCAUACUUGCUGUAGAGAAAGUCCCCGAAGCGUUGAGUGGGUCAAAGCAUGCUUGACUGGAUGUGAUGAGAACUUCACCUUGAUGUGCGCGCUUCGUGAACAUCAUACGAUAAAAUGACAGGGUGGCAGCAGAAAUGCAAUUGACAACGUUGAAGGAAUUUGAGAAAUUGAAAUGGAGCGGAAUGGUCUCAAAUGAUAUCUGGCCCAAUGUCAAUAUUUACUUGGCGAGAAGACUAAACAAAUCUCCAGGUGCUCUAUGCAGCGAUCCUGACGAGUUCUAGGAUAUACUGGUCAACUGGCUUGUGAGUCCUUACUGUAGAAAUUGACCGUGAUAGCCCUUCCUUUAUGUCUCAGAAGAAGC